GUUUCCAAUACUUCACGUCCAUCAAAUGAUCUUUCUAUACUAACUAUAAUAUUGUGUUGCGUGAAAGCUCAACCAAAAGGCUGAAAAGGCAUGGUUUUCAGUUUUUUGUGGGGGCUAUUUGUGUGAUUGAUUUGAGACUUUGUUUUAGGUGCCUCAGUUUUCUUUUCAGGGUUAUAGACGAUGGAUGAAUAUCAUAAGUGCGUUAUUUUAUAGAGCUGAAGUGAUAGACUUUGGCAGGUUAUGGAGGGAUUAUUGAUCAUCCUUUGUUGUGUAACUUACAUAACCACGGACGUAGCUGUGAUGUUUAAGGGUGUCAAAGUAUCUACUUGCUUUCUGUAGUGAGUUCGUUGGGGAUAUUUUAGGCCAGACUCUCCUUUAGGCUGGGUUGCUGAAAUUGUGUAAGAGAUGUUGAACAUGUUGCACUAUUAAGCCACGUCUUUUAGGACAGCCUGAUGCGCUGAAUUGAACUAACUGCAUGUUUUCAGAGUAGCAAGGCCUUCCAUAUUGUUUCCGUUGUAGCAAGGUGGGGUGGUGCCCCUCUUUGGUCCCUCCCCAUCCCUCAAACAGCACACAACACAGAGCCUUGACGACCAAAAAAGAAGGGGGUAAAGAAAGAAGUAUAAAAAAAAAAAAAUAAAGACGGAAUUGGAGGAAAAACAAAGAAGCAAUUUCCCAUCUUGAUAGCUUGUAGCACGUUCCUCAUCUAGCUCUGGUAAAGGAAGAAGCCAUGACGGGGUAAUAAAGUAUGGUUUCAGCCUAGUAAAAGGGAAGGCUAAUCAUCCGAUGGAGGAUUAUCAUGUUGCUAAAUUUAUGCAGAUUAAGAGACAUGAAUUAGGGCUGUUUGCCAUAUAUGAUGGCCAUUUGGGAGAUACUGUUCCUGCCUACCUACAGAAACAUUUGUUUUCCAACAUCCUAAAGGAGGAAGAAUUUUGGGUUGACCCCCAGAGAUCUAUCAUAAAGGCCUAUGAGAAGACAGACCAGGCAAUUCUCUCACACAGCUCUGACUUGGGGCGGGGUGGGUCCACAGCUGUAACUGCAAUUUUGAUAAACGGGCAAAAAUUAUGGAUAGCCAAUGUUGGAGAUUCCCGAGCAGUUCUCUCAAGAGGGGGCCAGGCAGUACAGAUGACUAUAGAUCAUGAGCCCAACACUGAGCGAGGCAGCAUCGAGAACAAAGGCGGUUUUGUCUCAAACAUGCCAGGAGACGUCCCUAGAGUCAAUGGACAGCUGGCAGUUUCUCGUGCUUUUGGAGAUAAGAGCCUUAAAUCACAUUUGCGAUCUGACCCAGACGUACAAAAUGCCACUGUAGAAAAUACUGAGAUUCUAAUCCUUGCUAGCGACGGUCUUUGGAAGGUAAUGGCAAAUCAAGAAGCAGUUGACAUUGCAAGAAAGAUCAAGAAUCCACAGAAGGCAGCUAAACAAUUAACAACUGAAGCAUUGAAAAGAGACAGUAAAGAUGAUAUUUCUUGUGUUGUUGUUAGAUUUAGAGGGUGAGACCCUUAAAAUCACCUUGCUUUCCAGGUGCAUUAUAUAUUGCUAUAAUAAGAGUCAUUUCACACAGGAUGCCAGUUUAUGGUCAGACCGCCAACAAAUAGACACCGGGUUGGGGUAACGCAUUCUUAAUUUUCAGAAAUGUGGAAUUUGUCUAAGCAAAAAGAAAAAGUUAGCAGAAAAGACUGUAAAUUUUUAUUUAUUUUUUCUGUAUCAGUGUUUGAUAUUGUUUGAUUUAUUUUUGAAAGUGAAUUAGAGGAGCAUGAUAUGACAUUAGUUUGUUUCCCUCAAGGAACAUGUUUUCUUGGGGCUGUGUAGAUGAAGAAUAUGCUUUAGUUGUGAUCAGUGGAUUGCUUUUUGUGUUAACACUCUGGGUGUUCCUACCCAUUGUCAUUACCUGAUUAUUAAACAUGUUCAGGAAUAGGCUUAUCUA